AUAGCAAAGCAAUGAUUAGUGAUAUUUAUAUAAAACAUCCUCUGCUUGUGUAGAUUCAAGCGUUUUCAAAUGAUAACCCCCUGUGAGACCACAAAUGGAGAUCAAAGUAUAAAAAACUAGUUAUAUUUACAUGUGAGCAUCCUCAUGAAUAAAGAUUUCAGUCUGUUCAAAUCAUGACUUCUUGGGUAAGGGAGGGGUUACAAUUAGGGAAUCAUUUUUUUACAAAUGGAAGAAAAUCUUUUUAAAAAAUUCAUUUUUUUUCAAGAACAGCAAAGUUGUUUCUUAUAUUAAUUUUGAGGCAUUCCCAAGUAGUAUAAAAUUCAAACCCCCCUCCCCACCUCUGGUAAACUUUUCAAUACUGAACUGAUUUGUGCUUUUUCCUAGAUGAUGUGCUCAGGUGAGUGAUGUAGCCCAUGGGCCUCUGGUUUCAUGUUUACUUUUAGUCUUAACACACUUGUUUGAGUAUUUUACCUUUGGUGUUAAUUGGUCAAGGGUUUAAUUCCAAAAGGUGUGGUUUUUUCUCAUCUAAUUUUAUAGGAACUGUGACCUCUCAAUGCCUUGUCUCCAUCCUUAGUACUGUGGAGUUACGGUUUGAUGGAGCCCCCUAUUCCCAGCACUAUACUAAGAGAAGACUAUAGCUCCAAUAAAGAUGGUUGGGAAGAUGGAGACAGCCUCUCUUUCAAAACAACAUCAAAUGACGCGUGAAACCGCCGAUAAUGUCCAUUUGGUAACUGGGGGCGGUGGUUACACAGGAUACAAACUAGGCAAACGGUUGGCAGACAUGGGAAAGGAAGUUAUCUUAGUAGAUAUAGUGCCUCCAGAAUGGACAUUGACGAACAAAAUGUCAUUUAUACAGUGUGAUUUGACUCAAGAAGAUGCUGUAGUGACAUCUUUAAAAGGAGCAGAUUGUGUUUAUCAUUUAGCGUCAUAUGGAAUGUCUGGCAAAGAACAGUUUAACACCAAAUUGAUUGAAGAAGUUAAUAUUAAAGGAACAGAAAAUGUCAUCAAGGCAUGCUUAAUACACGGCAUUAGACGUUUGGUAUAUACCAGUUCUAACAACGUAGUCUUUGGAGGUCAGGAGAUUUGUAAUGGAGACGAGUCCUUACCCUAUCUGCCAUUAGAAAAUUUUUUAGAUCAUUAUUCAAAAACAAAGAGAAUUGCUGAACAAAACGUAUUGGAGGCUGACAAGAAGAAUGUACUCCGGACAUGCGCACUACGUUUAGGGGGAGUGUAUGGUGUAGGAGAACAACGUCAUAUACCAAGAGUGGUGAAUAUGGCACAGACAGGAGUUAUUCAGGCAUUGUUCGGCACCGAUUCUCUAACAGACUUUUUACACGUGGACAAUAUGGUUCAGGCCCACAUCUUGGCUGCCAAAGCAUUGACCGAAGAAAAAGGCUACAUAGCGGCAGGGCAGGCCUACUUUAUAUCUGAUGGGGCACCUAUUAACACGUUUGCCUUUUUCCGUCCACUUAUAGAAGGCCUGGGCUACUCGUUACCAAGGCUCAAAGUUCCAGUCUGGUUGAUGUGCUCUAUUGCAUGGAUGAUUGAGAUGGUUCUUUACAUAGUGUCAGGGAUCUACCACUUCCAACCUAUUUUAACAAGAAUGGAGGUGUACAAGAUGGGCAUCUCCAAUUAUUUUUGCAUCAACAAAGCAUCACGUGACCUCGGAUAUAAGCCAAUCAAACAAAACGAAAUAUCUGACAUACGUGAGGAUUUCAUAAAGCGAGGAUUCAAAGCGAAACAGAGGAACAUGUCAAUAGUGAUCAGUUUGAAUUGGUGUGCUUAUUUUAUCUUUUAUGUGGCGUUUACGUCUUUUGUUGUAUCUUGCUUCCCAAUGUGGAAACUACGCAACAUUUGAAGAAAAAACAGGUUACAUAUAGUUUUCGAUAAACAAAGCUAUAUAAUAUUUGGAGUCAGAGAAACACUUUUAGUGCGAAGUUGAAAGUAUUUUUACUUAUUUAAAAAUUGUUUUACUCCUUUUCUUUUCAGAACAUUUGCACAAAAUCUUAACUUUUAUAUAUUUGGUUAAGAUUAUUUUAGUUGAGAAC